ACUUGCAAUUUUCACUUUUUUCAGCAAAGGCCACACCUCCAGCACUCCCACAUAUGCGUUCUUUAAAAGCCCCUCCUCGCUAAGAAACUUUCACAUCUCAUAGUCUCAUACCCAGAGCUCAAUGGAAAAAGACAAAGACUCUCCUAGUUGUACAAGCCAAGCACGCAACUCUGCUUCAUUCGCCGGUGGAGGUUUCAUGGCUAUAUAUCAUGUGGGUAUGAGACAAGCCGUGCAAGAAUGCAGCUCAAAGCUCGGGAGAGAGAUAUUCUCUGGCACGCUGUAUGGAGCUAGUGUAGGCUCUGUUGUAGCAACCUCCAUAGCCUGUGGAAUAUCUCACCUUGAAAUGCUUGAAUUUAUACACGAGCUGUACAACAUUGCAGAGUCCAUUUGUCAAUGGGGUCGAUUCUCUCUCCUUCAUCCUAAACUGAGACUUGGGAAGAAAUGUCGGGAUCAUUUGGAGAAGCUGUUACCGUCUGAUGCCCACAGGAGGUGCACUGGUAGAGUGGGUGUAUCAGUGACUAUAUUCCCAUCCAUGGAGAACUGGAUUAUAACUGAUUUCAAUACGAGAGGAGAGCUCAUACAAGCACUGCUAUGCAGCUGUUUCGUACCUUUUGUAUCUGGAAUAAUGAUGCCAAAGCUAAGAGGAAAGUAUUGCUGUGAUGGGGGUCUCUCCUCUAAUCUACCACACAAUACUGAUCCAAGUGUCAUAACAGUAUCACCAUUCACUGGUGAAUGUGAUAUAUGUCCACCAGCUGAUAAUGAAUCCUAUUAUCAAUGUUACUUCUUUGGACAGACUCUCAAUAUGAAUACUGGCAAUACGUAUCGUGGUAUGGGAUCAUUGCUACUGCUACCAUGGAAAGAAAUGGAAAUUAUUUAUAAACAAGGUUACACUGAUGCUGUGAACUUCCUCAGGAAAGAAGGUAUCUUGACUCAUAAUUUGGUUGCAUCACAUUUACCAGUCAAAGCCACACCCAGCAGUGAUGAAGAAACUAUGAGUGAUUACGGGUCCAUGACCACACCCAAUCACUCCAGGCAAUCCUCAGAAACUUCAGCAUAAAAAUUAUCGUUUAUUUUAUUUAUUUAUAUUUAUACACUUUUGACAUCAAGUUAUUUAAUA